GGGUUUGAAAAUGGAGACCGAGAGAUGCAGCGAGGGGAAACCUACAUUAAGGUUUAUCAUCAUUGUGUAAAUCGGAGAGAAGACUGAGAACCAAGAUAUACAGGGGGAAGCUAGGUGAGGAAGGAAACCAAGUAAAUAAAGAGCUUCAAGAACAAUCAAAGGGCCUACAGUGUCCUCUGUAUUAGAUGUCAUUGGUGAGAACCGUUUUAGUGGUGUGGCAGGGCAGAAGCCAUACUGCUUUUAUUCAUGUAAAUUUGCAUAGAACUGAGAUGGAAAUCCAUAAGAUCUCCAGAAGACAAAGGGGAAAACAAUAGAAAAGAAAACAGAUUCAAAAGAACUGUAAAUACAAGCAUGGGAAAUACUCAAGCUUGGUAUUCAAAAGGUGGAAAUUAAAAAUACAAUCUAAAUUUAAAACAACUUAAAAAUGCAAUGUUUAUAGACUUCUGUUUCUGGCCAACAUGGAAUAACAGGGACAACGGCAACAACAACAACAGACAGACAGAAAAAAUACAUGAAACAAUUGUUCUAAGACCCUGGCCAUCAGAUGACAAAGGACAGUCAUCCCUGGGAGAUGGAAAAUCAACGAGGAAAUGUUAAGAGAUGGCCUUCAGGGAGAAAGGAAAUGAAACCAAGUGGAAAUCUGGAUCUACAGGAAAGAAUGAAAAGCAGUGGCAAUGGUAACUACGUAGCUUCCUCUUCUCAGGAUCUCCGUUACUCAAAAAAGCAUCAUCAAGAACAAGAAGGGGAUGGAAGCCGAGUCAGCACCUGCCGGGUCCCAUAUUUGGAGACUGCAGUUGAAAUUAAAUCAAUUUCCAGUAAGAGCAUUUCUAAAAGUAAACAGUCCUGUGGCAUUAAAAUGGAAGGAAUUGCAAAAAAUGAUCUCUGGUACUUGUCAUUAGAAGAAGUCUGGAGAUGUGAAGACCAGUUGGACAAGUAUCAGGAAAACCAGGAGAGACAUUUGAGGCAAGUGGCAUUCACCCAAAAGAAAGUACUUACUCAGGAGAGAGUCUGUGAAAAUGGUAAAUAUGGGGGAAACUGUCUUCUUCCUACCCAGCUGGUACUGAGAGAAUAUUUCCACAAACAUGACUCACAUACUAAAAGUUUAAAACAGAAUUUAGUUUUUAGCGGUCAGCAGGAAAGCUAUGCAGGUAGCAGUGAAUGUGGUCCAACCUUCUGUCAAAACAUUCACCUUAUUCAGUUUGCAAGAACCCAGCCAGGAGAUAAGUCCUACAAAUGCCCUGAUCCUGUGAACUCUCUUACCGGUGGUACAUCCCUUGGUAUAUCAAAGGGUGUACAUAGGGAGAAACCCUAUGAAUGUAAGGAGUGUGGAAAAUUCUUCAGCUGGCGCUCUAAUCUUACCAGGCACCGGCUUAUUCAUACUGGAGAAAAACCCUAUGAGUGUAAAGAAUGUGGAAAAUCUUUCAGCCGGAGUUCUCACCUCAUUGGACAUCAGAAGACUCACACUGGUGAAGAACCCUAUGAAUGUAAAGAGUGUGGAAAGUCCUUCAGCUGGUUUUCUCACCUUGUCACGCAUCAGAGAACUCACACAGGAGACAAACUGUACACGUGUAGCCAGUGUGGGAAAUCUUUUGUUCACAGUUCCAGGCUUAUUAGGCACCAGAGAACUCAUACUGGAGAGAAACCUUAUGAAUGUCCUGAGUGUGGGAAGUCUUUCAGACAGAGCACACAUCUCAUUCUGCAUCAGAGAACUCACGUGAGAGUGAGGCCCUAUGAAUGUAAUGAGUGUGGGAAAUCUUACAGCCAGAGAUCUCACCUUGUGGUGCACCACAGAACUCACACGGGACUGAAGCCCUUCGAGUGUAAAGACUGUGGGAAAUGCUUCAGUAGAAGCUCUCACCUGUUCUCCCAUCAGAGAACCCACACUGGAGAGAAACCAUAUGAAUGCCACGAUUGCGGGAAAUCUUUCAGCCAGAGUUCUGCCCUCAUUGUGCAUCAAAGAAUUCAUACUGGAGAAAAGCCAUAUGAAUGUUGCCAGUGUGGAAAAGCCUUCAUCCGGAAGAACGACCUUAUUAAGCAUCAGAGGGUUCAUGUUGGGGAAGAGACCUAUAAGUGUAAUCAGUGUGGGAUUAUCUUCAGCCAGAACUCUCCACUGAUCGUACAUCAGAUAGCCCACACUGGAGAGCAGUUCUCAACAUGUAACCAGUGUGGGACAGCGCUCGUCAGUAGCCCUAACCUUGCUCGAUACCAGACCAGUCAUAUUAGAGGAAAUGCUUAUUAGUAUAGUGAAUGUGGAGAGUUCUUUACAAAGAGCAAUAACUUUAUUUUGCAUUGGAAACUCUGGAAAGAAGCUGUGUAGAUGUAAUCUGUGCAGAAAUGCUGUCAGUCUUGUUAUCCUUUUGUGCACUAGAGAACUGGUCCUAGAAGGGGAACUAACCCACAGAUUUCAUUUUAGUACACAAGUACAUCAGCCUUUCUUUCCACAAAUUCCUACAAAAGCAGUU